ACCAUCUUGACAUUCUUGACAGACACCAAAUUGUCUAUAAAAAUUUAAAUCAACUUUAUAACCUACAAUUAAAGUUCAAAGUUACGCGUGCGUGUUUUUGUACAGAACUUUUUAUCAAGUGUCGGUUAGUUGAGGCGAGACCUCCAGACGGAGUGUACGAUGGCGAAGCUGCUCUAUGUGUGUGUGUUUAUGUGUGUGCAAUUAGUGUAUUGUCAGUUUGGAUUCUUCCCAUCGCGAGACGACCGAGGGUUCAGUCAGAGCCUCUUAGACCCUUCCAGAAUAAGGCACAGUAUCCAAACUAUUCUACACAUCCAGCCCCAGAACCACAACAACAAUCCGUAUGGCUACACAGACGAAUACGGCAGACCCAUAUCUGACUACAGCCGACCAAAUUACGAUUACGGCAGGCCAAAUUACGAAUACAGUAGACCUAAUCAAUUUGGGAUACCUAACCAGAAUCAGUUCUAUAAUCAAAAUGGGGCCAACCAAUAUGGUUUCCAGAAUCCAGGAAAUCCAAACAAUUUCCAAUAUCCGCAAAGUCAGAAUGAAUUCCAAAACACACCCCGCCCAAUUGGGCUCAAUACUCCACCUCCACAAAGUGAAUAUACAAAUACCAAUGGUAAUAAUGUCUUCCAGAAUCCGUCAAGUCAAAAUGAAUUCCAAAAUCCGCCAAGCCAGAAUGGUUUCCCUGAUUCCAGUCAGGUUGGAUUUCCUACUACACCACCAAAGAACGAAUUCCUUAAUACCAAUGAAAACGGGUUUGAAAAUCGCCCAAGUCAAAAUGAAUUCCAAAAUCCACCAAGCCAGAAUAGUUUCCCUGAUUCCAGUCAAGCUGGAUUUCCUACAGCACCACCAAAGAAUGAAUUCCCUAAUACCAAUGAAAACGGCUUUCAAAAUCCACCAAGCCAAAAUGAAUUCCAAAAUCCGCCAAGCCAGAAUGGUUUCCCUGAUUCCAGUCAGGUUGGAUUUCCUACAGCACCACCAAAGAACGAAUUCCCUAAUACCAAUGCAAAUGGCUUUCAAAAUCCACCAAACCAAAAUGAAUUCCAAAAUCCGCCAAGCCAGAAUGGUUUCGCUGAUUCCAGUCAAAUUGGAUUUCCUACAGCACCACCAAAGAAAGAAUUCCCUAAUACCAAUGAAAAUAGUUUUCAAAAUCCACCAAGUCAAAAUGGAUUCCAAGACCAGCCAAGCCAAAAUAGUUUUCAAAAUGAACCCAACCUAGUUGGCUUUCCUGAUAGAAGCAGCUUUCAAGAUAAUCCAAACAGCGAUAAUUCAGCAUCAAAAGAAGCAAAACAAAAUGAAAAUACUCUCAUUGUUAUACCUGGGAACACAGUACCAAAUGAAGAUGGACCUAGUGACGCUGUAGCAUUCCCUGAUUCUCAGAAGGAUAAAACUCCUGGAUUUACUAAAGCUACAGAGCAAACUCCUAAAGUUACUGAAGAAUCUUCGACUACUGAAUCUACUACAGCGUCAGUAACAACGACAUUGCCGCCAUUGACUCCAGUGUCAGCGGACUCAAGAAACAAUUUCAACUUUGGACCGAGCGGCAUUUUCCAGGAAACCUGUACUACCGUAGAAAAUGAGGUGGGCAGCUGUAUCUCGGUCACCGAUUGCCAACCCUACCUGAAACUGAUUCAGGAGUCGAGGAGCAACCCUAACGCGUUGCGGCUGUUGCGACAAGCACACUGUGGCUUCCAAGGAAAUAAUCCCAAGGUCUGCUGCCCUCGCCCUGGCAUCCCCACUGGUCUACCCCCCACUCUUCCCCACACCGAGCCUACUCCGGCGCCCACCCAGGCGACAGAGCCUACUCCAGGUCCGGAGCCUAAGGAGCUAGAGCCACAGCUUGAAGCCGGGUCGUUACCAGAGGCCCCGGUGUGCGGAGUCAGCAAUGCGUCCUUCAGUAGGGUUGUUGGCGGCAUACCUGCUAAGUUGGGUGACUUCCCCUGGAUGGCGCUGCUGGGUUACAAGGAGCGGCGUGCCGGCGCCGGCGCACGCUGGCUCUGCGGAGGAUCGCUCAUAUCUUCCCGCCACGUUCUAACUGCUGCCCAUUGCAUACACACCAGGGAAAAUGAUCUCUACCUUGUCCGUCUGGGAGAGCUGGACCUCGCCCGCGACGACGAGGGAGCGACUCCCGUGGACGUGCUCAUCAAGACCCUCAUCAAACACCAGGAGUACAGCCCCAAGUCCUUUACCAACGACAUCGGCAUCCUCGUUCUAUCUCGCAACGUGCAGUUUACAAAUUUGAUCCAGCCUAUCUGCAUCCCGCGCAGCGGCGACCUGCGCUCGCGCAGCUAUGAGAACUACACGCCACUCAUCGCCGGCUGGGGUGACACGGAAUUCCGCGGCCCAUCCGCCACGCACCUCCAAGUGCUCCAACUGCCAGUAGUCAGCAACGACUUCUGCGUACAAGCAUACUCAGCGUAUAAGGCGCAAGUGAUUGACCAGCGGGUGCUGUGUGCCGGCUUCAAGAAAGGGGGGAAGGAUGCAUGCCAGGGGGACAGUGGGGGGCCGCUCAUGCAGCCUAUUUACAACAGCGAGACUCGAACCACAUUCUUCUACCAGAUCGGCGUGGUGUCCUACGGCAAGAAAUGUGCUGAGGCUGGUUUCCCUGGCGUUUACACUAGGGUCACCAACUUCGUGCCCUGGAUAGAAGAGACUGUAGCGAAUAAUUGAGCUGAUAGGAAGUAGAAAUUAGCAAUAUUAACUAUAUACACUCGU